ACCGAGCGACGGAGAGCUGCGCACAACAUGAGACCUUCAACAUGCUUGUCGCGCCCUCUCGCCUUUGGCACCACCCUCGCUAUCUGCAUCUCUUCCGUCACCGCCCGUAAUUUCACUUCCGCCCCAUCACCCAAUAUUGAUCUUUCUGGUCUCGGCCGCGUCGCUCUAGCUGGCGACUUCGACUCAAUAUCUCUUUACACCUACCAAGGACAAACUCAAAAUGCAAAUUUCGCCAAUGGCAGCCAAUAUCUCUUUUCACAAUAUCCCGACGGUUCUUUCCAAAGUCUGGCUCUCGCUGAUGCCUUCAUCACCACCAUGUGUCCAUUUGUCAGCCAUGGUGAAUUUCAGGGCGUCGUCGUAGGAGGCAAUUUCACCAGUCUGGGCAAUAUCCCCGCUCAAGGCAUUGCUCUGUGGAACCCGAACACCACCAAAAUCACUCCUCUGACUGGUCUCUCUGGCUCUGUGUCUGCCGUAUACUGUGACGACGAAUCUUCUACAGUCUAUGUUGGAGGCACCUUUACUGGAGGCAACUCAACCAACGCCAUCGCUUGGGUUUCUGGAUGGACAGCUCUUCCUUUUGCUGGUUUCAACGGUCCUGUCUCAUCUAUCACCAAGAGCUCUAAUGGCUCCAUCAUCUUUGGUGGUUCUUUCGAGGGUCUAGGCAACACAACCACUCCUACAAACAAGGACGUCCAGGUCAUCAAUCUUUCUGCUGGAAACAUUACCUCUGGCGCCUCGACCUCGACUUCUGGCUUCAGUGACCCUCGCAACAUCAUUUGCCAAACUGGCGACGAUACUGCUGGAAACACAUGGCUUCUUGAGGACAACACUCCUGGUUUCUGGAGGGGUUCAUUCGGUUUCGGUUUCAACCCUACCAAAUUGCGCCUUUACAACACUAACCAGGAUGGCCGUGGAACCAAGACAUGGCGUUUCACUGCUUUCCCCAUCAACGGUAUCAUGAACUUCACCUACACAGAUGACAGCGGUAACCUUGCCUCUUGCACCGCCGACUGCCCUCUGCCUCAAGGCAACACUUCAUACCAGGACUUCCACUUUGUCAACUCCGUUGGUAUGAAUGACUUCCGCAUCGACAUUUCUGCUUGGUAUGGUGCUGGAGGUGGUUUAAGUGGUAUCGAGUUGUUCCAGGACGAUAUCUACUCCUUCGCAAUUUCCGACUUCAACGAGCCCCGUUGCGACAGCGUCAGUACUACUGGUGCCAACUCGACUGCUACCGGUCCCUGGGUCCAGACGCCUUCGGGUGAAAGCACGUCUGAUUAUCUUACCGCGGUUUUGAACAGCAGCGUUACCUCCAACUCCGCGCAAGUCGUCUUCAAGCCUGAUAUCAAGCAAUCUGGAAACUAUUCGGUCACCUUGUAUACUCCUGGCUGUAUCCAGGACGAUACUUGUUCUUCUCGCGGCAUCGUGAACAUCACUGGAUCCAUGACCACCGAGGNNGGGAAUGCUAUUGCUACUACCUUGUACCAGACCAACUACUACGACAAGUACGACCAAGUCUACUACGGCUACGUGGAUGCUGCCUCCGACUCAUUCCGUCCAGAAGUCACUCUGACGCCUCUUGCUGGUCAGAACACACCCCUGACUGUCGUUGCACAACGCGUUCGCUUCGAAUUGGUCACCUCUACUGGUGGCCUUAAUGGCCUCUACGACUACAAUCCCAACGUCGCUACUGUCAGCACCGACUUCUCUGCCUCAAAGAUCGACUCUGCCGCUAUGUCACUGGAUAUGGGUGCCAAAAUCAAUGCCCUUGCUGUCUACAAUGAUGUGACCUAUGUUGCUGGUAAUUUCUCGAACGGUGACAUUCACAACAUCUUCAGCAUUGGCAGCGGAAACGCCACCUCGCUUCCUGGUGGUGGACUCAACUCUGUGGUUCGCACCAUGUUCCAGAACGGUUCUACGAUUUACGUUGGCGGCAACUUUACCAACACUGUGACAGCUCAAACCCCUGGCCUCAGCGGUAUUGCUGCUUUCUCCAUCGCUGACAACUCAUGGACAGCACUAGGCGCUGGUGUCAAUGGUCCCGUCUGGGCAAUUGUCCCUCUGCAGCUCAACAUCACUGGCAGGGAUCAGGAAACCGUUCUUGCCGUGAGUGGCGACUUCACCAGUGUCAACGCUGUUGGUAGCAAUGCCACUUACUCUGCCGACGGAUUUGCCGCCUGGGUGCCAUCACGAGGCAACUGGCUUCACAAUCUGGCAAACGCAACUGUUGCCUUGAGUGGUGGCUUAUUGGCACAGACUAUGGUAGCUGAUUACGGCCAACUUCUCGCUGGCUCGCUUGUCGCUUCUCAGAUUGGUAUGAGUGAUGCAGUGGCUCUGAGCGGCUCUGGUCGACCUUCACUCUCGCCUCUUGGUGUAUCUAUCUCUGCUUCUCAGGGGUCUUCUGCCAUGCGCAAGAGAGCUGCUACCAGCCAAAACGUCACUGGUGUCGCUACUGGCUACUUCUACCUGGAUAAUGGCAAGAACAUGACCAUUCUUGGAGGUCACUUCGCUGCCAACUCUUCUGCUGGCACUACCAUCAACAACCUGCUCAUCAUUGAUGACACCAAUGGUCAAAGCGUUAUCGGUCUUCCCAACACUGUUGAUGCGGACUCGACUGUUCUGGCUCUUGAGGUUCGUGAUACUAGUCUCUUCGCUGGUGGUUCGAUCACAGGAACCACAGGAACGAAUGGCGACAACAUCAACGGUCUCCUUGUCUGGGACUUGUCUACAAAUGCGCUCGCCUCGAGCCAACCCGCAGCACUUGCUGGCAACUCUGUCACUGUCAACGCUAUCGCAGCCCAACCUGGUUCAGCUAAUGUCUAUGUUGGAGGCAACUUCGAGAAUGCUGGCUCCAUGUCGUGCCCAUCGUUCUGCAUGUACGACACCUCGAGCGGACAAUGGAUGCCUCCUACGUCCGGCUUGAACGGUACCAUCAACACCAUGACUUGGAGAUCUAACAAUCAACUGAUCGUUGGUGGCGAUUUCACCACUGGCGGCAACCACACCAAGCUGGCUCUUUACGACUCAAAGCAGCAGACCUUCACCGAUUUGGGCACUUCAGCCAACCUUCCUGGCGCCGUCACUGCCAUGACUCCGGCCAAUCCCAAUUACGAUAACUGGUGGGUUGCAGGUACUGCAAACAAUGGAUCUUCGUACUUGCAGAAGUACGAUGGUACCAAAUGGCAUACUGUCACUGGACUCGGCGCUGCUACCGUCAUCAGAGGUCUGCAGGUCAUUUCUCUCACCGAGAAACAUCAACUCACCGACCUUGUGCCCUCAAACGAGGUCCUUCUGAUCACUGGUUCGGUUGAGCUUCCUGACAACGGCAAUGCCAGCGCUGUGCUGUUCAAUGGAACCACUUUCCAGCCCUUCAUCCUCACCACAACCGCCAACGGUGGACAAGGAAGUCUGAGCGGCAUGUUUNCCCACCACCUUGCCCUUGGCCUUGUGGUCUUGAUUGGUCUCGCCAUCGCUUGCGGUCUGACCUUCUUGCUGGUUGUCAUCGGCAUAUUAGUCGAACGACACCGUCGCCGCAGACAAGGCUACGUUCCCAUGCCUCAAUUGAGACCAGACCAACACGCCAACCUGAACAGAAUUCCUCCGGAGAGUCUGUUCGGCACGUUAGAAAAACGUGAUACGGCACCACGGGUGUGA